AUGGAUAUUUUGUGUUCUUUGGUGUCACUUGAGAAUUCGAAUCCACUAACAAUCCGACUCGAAAACGACGAUUCGAUUGUUGAACUCGAAAAGAAGAUUUGCGCCUCGUUUUCUUUGAAGUCAGAAGAGAUUCUUUUCAUCACUCGAGAUGGAGAACCCUUCUUGACGGGGAAUUCACCGACGUUUAAUGAUGGGGAGAAACUUUUUGUUCAUAAAAAGGUUUCCGAAGCGACAACUCUCAUUCGAAAGCGGGAUGCUUAUGUUGGGAUCACAAUCACAAAUUCUAUCUUCGGUUCAACGUUGAUCAAAGCUGUUUCCCCUUUGGCUUCAGCUCACGGAUUGCUUUUCCCUGGAGAUGUACUUGUUGAAAUGAACAAUGGAUCUCUGCACGGGAAAACACAUUUUGAAGUUGCUUCACUGAUCAAAGCUAUCCCGAUUGGAUCACUCGUGGAAUUCCUUGUCUAUCGAGGAAUUCAGAAUCGAAAAAAUAGAGAAAGAAUUGAUGCUGCAAGGCUUUUCAAGGCAAGUAAUAAGCAGCAUAGCCUGAGUCGUUUGUUGAGACGAGAAUCACAGAAAGAUCCCCGCUUGGUGGAGAAAUUGAAUGAAAUACUCGAGGAGUACUUUGGGGUUAAUGAUGAUGAGAUUUUUUAUCGCUCGUUUCCUGCUGCUCAAUCACAAAAGAUGGAUGAGGUCAUGCAACAAAAUGUCAUUGCGAACGCUGGAGCUGCCAUUCGAAAGCUUUCAACUGCCCGCCGAUCAGCUCGACGGUCACUGGAUUCUUUCUCUACAUGCCACUUAGUUGAGAAGAAUGAUUUAGCGCGUAUCGAAGAAGCUUUGGCUCAAGAACAUCUCACGUCAGAGAAAUCGGCGAUUGAUGAGAAUCGACUUGUUCAAUUUUUCUCUCAGGCUGAUUUGCCGCUAGAACUUGCAGAACAUGUUGGUGGAAAAGAUUACGCGUUCGACAUUAUCAACUAUUUUCUUCACAACCAGAUGCCAUGCGAAAAUGUUGCUUCUCACUUUCCUGAGAUUAAACGAGCUCAAAUGGUUGAUUGGAUUUUUUGGAUCUCUCGCGCAGUUGAAAUACCAGACGAAUCAUAUUUUUUGGCAGUGCACCUGCUCGAUAAAGCAUUAGUGGUUGACAAAAACAUUUCUGAAAUGUCAGAUGUAGAAAACCGCGUUGUUAUGGUGGCAGCGGUGAAGAUUGCCGGAAGAUUCGAAUUCGGUCCUGAAUAUGAAGAUGGAAUGUGCGCUCGUCUUAAGUCAGUUGUUUGCAAUCCUAAACUACAGUGUCAAGAAGAAAAAAUUAAUCAAUGGGAAUCUCGGCUUCUGGAAUUUUUUGACUUUUCCAUUUCACGCCAACACUUGUUGCACUUUCUCCAGAUUUUUUGGCUAUUGAUGGGUGAUGUCAUGAGUGGAACUGAGAAAGAAAAUGGAUGGGCGACGGUAAAAGGAUUGGCAUAUAUCGCAAUGGCCAAAGCACCGCUGAUGAAUAACAAACCUUCACUUAUUGCUGCUGCCAUUAUGCGGAUAGCUCUUCACCUGUUUGUUAAUCGUGGUCAACUUUCGGGGGAUAAAUUCUUGCAAGUCAACUCGAGCCUUCUACACGAAGAAAGUCAAUACCUGCCGAUCGCUACUAACUUUUUAAAUUGGGUUUUGUCUGAGAAGACAACAUACAUUCCAACGAUCGCUCGUGUGUUUAAAGCCAAUCAUCAUCCCAUCUAUCGCUCGUUUCCUGCUGCUCAAUCACAAAAGAUGGAUGAGGUCAUGCAACAAAAUGCCAAUGCGAACGCUAUAACAGCCCGUGAAGAGCGUUCUGCCCGCCGAUCAGCUCAACAGUCAUUGGAUUUUCUCCGUGGAUUCAAAUCCGACUCAUUUGAGGAGAAUGAUUUUGCACGCGUCGAAGAAGCUUUGUUUCAAGCUCAUUUCAUGUCAGAAGAAUCGGCGGUAAACUCUGAAAGACACGCACGUUCAAGGGCUGCCAACCUCUGCCAUCUAACCUUCAAUGAAACAUACGAAAAUAUGGAAGAUCUCGUUGCACGAAUUGAUGAGAAUCAACUUGAUGAAUUUUCCUCUCGGACUGGUUUGCCGCUAGAACUUGCAGAUGCUGGUGGAAAAGAUUAUAUAAACUAUUUUCUUUACUACCAGAUGCCAUGCGAAAAUGUUGCUUCUAACUUUGAUGAGAUUGAACGAGCUCAAAUGGUUGAUUGGAUUUUUUUGAUCUCCCGAGCAGUCGAAAUACCAGAUGAAUCAUAUUUUUUGGCAGUACACCUGCUAGAUAAAGCAUUAGUGGUUGACAAAAACAUUUCUGAAAUGUCAGAUGUGGAAAAAAGCGUUGUUAUGGUGGCAGCGGUGAAGAUUGCUGGAAGAUUCGAAUUUGGUCCUGAAUAUGAAGAUGGAAUGUGCGAUCGUCUUAAGUCGGUAGUUUGCAUGGCCAAACUACAGGUUCAAGAAGAAAAAAUUAAUCAAUGGGAAUCUCAGCUUCUGGAAUUUUUUGGAAUUGCCAUUUCACGGCAACACUUGUUACACUUUCUCCAGAUUUUUUGGAGAUUGAUGGGGGAUUUCAUGAGUGGAACUGAGAAAGAAAAUGGAUGGGCGACGGUGAAAGGGUUGGCAUAUAUCGCAAUGGCCCAAGCACCUCUGAUGAAUAACAAACCUUCACUUGUUGCUGCUGCCAUUAUGCGGAUAGCUCUUCACCUGUUUUUUAAUCGUGGUCAACUUUCGGGGGAUAAAGUUCUCCAAGUCAUCUCGAGCCUUCUACACGAAGAAAGGCAAUAUGUGCCGAUCGCUACAAAUCUUUUAAAUUGGGUUUUGUCUGAGAAAACAACAUACAUUCCUACGAUAGCUCGUGUGUUUGAAGCGAAUCAAUAUCACCCAAAGAAACAAGAGCUAAAAAAGAUUGCCAGUGAAUUAAAGAAACUAAAGAACGACAAGUAUUUGCGUAGAGGC